UCUUGGCGUCUACUGUGUGUCGGGGGAGAGCUAGACGUUUGCUGGACCGCAUUUUGUGGCUUCUAUUCGCUGUGGACUGCUUAGAAAUAACCUAGGAGACCUCCGAGCUACGCAAUGACUCAUAGUGUCGUGAUGCCUGUGAACAAAUCACCUACGGCUUCUUGCAGUGCAGCUGUCUGAUUUCACCUAGCUAUUCCCAGUGUGGGCAGAGAAUGGAUUUUGUGGAAGCUCUUUGGAUCUUAACAAUUUCUUCAUGCAAAGUGUUAUUUUGUUUCAAUUCAUUGGAUUUUUGAGUAAGUUAAUAACUAAGGAGGUGGUGACCUUUGAGGAUGUGGCUGUCAGCUUCACCAGUGAGGAGUGGGCUUUGCUGAGUCCAUCCCAAAAAAAGCUCUACAGAGAUGUGAUGGAGGAAAGCUUUAGGAACAUGGCUGCUAUAGGAAGACUUGGGGAUAACCAUGAAGCUGAAAAAGAAUGCAAAACUUACUGGAGAUAUUUAAGAAAUGACAAGAUAGAGAGAUGCAAUGAAUAUAAAACUUGGAAUCAGUAUGAAGAAACAUUUCCUUGUACCCAAGAUGGAAAUGUGGAUGUGAAAGAAACAGACACACACAAUGAUGUUCCGAUCCAUGAAUUACACUGCAAUGGAGGGAAACCUUAUGCAUGUAAGCAAUGUGGGAAAGCUUUUGCCAAACGUGGAAAUUGUCAGCAACAUGAAAGAAUUCACACUGGAGAGAAACCAUACAUAUGUAAACAAUGUGGGAAAGCUUUUACGACACAUAGGUAUUGUCAAAUACAUGAAAGAAUUCACACUGGAAAGAAACUCUGUGUAUGUAAGCAAUGUGGGAAAGCUUUCACUACACUUUCAUGUUGUCAAAGACAUGAAAGAAUUCACACUGGGCAGAAACCCUAUGUAUGUAAGCAAUGUGGGAAAGCUUUCACGACACGUUCAUGUUGUCAAAGACAUGAAAGAAUUCACACUGGGCAGAAACCCUAUGUAUGUAAGCAAUGUGGAAAGGCUUUCAGCACAAAAUGCUCUUGUCAAUCACAUGAAAUCACUCACACUGGGGAGAAAUCAUAUAUGUGCAAGCAAUGUGGGAAAGCUUUCAGCAGAAACACUCAUUGUCGAAGACAUGAAAGACUUCACACUGGAGAGAAACCUUAUGUAUGUAAGCAAUGUGGGAAAGCUUUUACGACACAUAGGUAUUGUCAAAUACAUGAAAGAAUUCAUACUGGAGAGAAACCUUAUGUCUGUACGCAAUGUGGAAAAGCUUUCAACAGGUGCAGUUAUGUUACAAUACAUGAAAGAACUCACACUGGAGAGAAACCCUAUGUAUGUAAGCAGUGUGGGAAAGCUUUCUCCACACAGCGAUAUUGUCAUAUACAUGAAAGACUUCACACUGGAGAGAAACCCUAUGUACGUAAGUAGUGUGGGAAAAGUUUCACCAGGCACAGUCAAUGUAAAACACAUGAAAGAACUCACAUUGGGUAUUAAUCCUAUGUAUGUAAGCUUUCACCACAGGCAGAUCUUAUCAUAUACGUGAAAGAAUUCACACUGGGGGAAACCCUAUGUGUGUGAGCAGUGUGGGAAAGCUUUUAGUACAAACAAUCAUUGGCAAACAUACAAAAGAAUUCACACAGGGUUUCUAUGGAAAAUGAGAUAAUAUAGUAACCAUUGUAUAUUUUCUGUUAUUUGGUUCUGAAUACCCUGUAAUACUUUCAUUCACUUGAAUGGUUUUAUGCUAUUUUGUUAUGUUUGAUACUGUUGUAUAUGAAGUUAUACUCAACUUUCAAAUAAAGAGACAUUAUGGUAGCUACAGUUA